AUGACUUUCACUAUUUUGAGAAAUCGUAUCCAGCAAAGAUUUUUGGAUAGGCAGCUAAAAAUCGAUGACAUCAUAGUGUUUGAUGAGGACUUACCGCCUAAAAAGGACUGUCGGCUCACAUUUGUGGACUUCGCGCCUAUAGUUAAAGUCAGAUUAAGGACUGAUAAUAAUGGCAUAGAAUCCGCAGAAUUUAAUACUGUACCUAGUGAACUGGUUGACUUUGCCAACAAAUGGCUGCUGGACAGGGAGGUAUGGGAUGUUGUAUGUUGCGAGUCUAUCGGCGCUAUCAUACAAAUAAAGCUCACAGACAAUGGUGUAGUUGAGGACAAGCGGGUGCUGACGACAUACACCAUAACAGAGGACAGCCAUGAUUUUCACGAUGGAGUGACCCAAUACGCGUUCUCGAGAUCCAAGGAACCGGUAGAUUUCAGGGUCAAAAUGAUCCGACUAUGGAUCCAACCGUUUGAUAGCCGCGAGUACAACGAGAAGGUGCGGCCGAUUGUACCGCAGAUACAGUUCCGCGACUUUGAGCCCCGGAUUCUGGACUCAAGGAAUAAUACGUUUGAGAGCAUCGAUGAGGUGGUGGCGCGACUUAACGGUGCCAUUAAUGCCGAAGAGAUUACGGGAAAGGUGUUGAACGUCCAGACACUGGCCUGUAGUGCCACUCAGGACUGGAAGAUCGACCCCCAGUCCACUCAGUCUAAGCCAUGGGUGGGAAAGACUGUAUUCGUGUUGAGAGUGUAUUACGCGUUGGGACCCAUACAUGAGGAGGAGGUAGGUUUGGCUGAUUUUGUGCCCGAGUGUCUGGUAGGGGGUGGUAUGUUUAAGCGGCCGAAGUUUGAGUCCCAGUCCUGUUUAUUACGGAAGGCCUCAAAAUGGUUGUCCGAAAACCCGGAAAUAAACUUUUGUAGUGCGAUGUCAUUGGAUGUGAAACUCAAGUCAAUGGUAUCGAUUGACACGAAACAGAUGUCCGUCACGCGAGAGACCGGAGAUUUCAUACGAAUCCUUCGCAUAGCGUAUACCAAACCCCGGGAGGUGUCGGCAGACAUACCCAUCAGCUCUACACUACCGCCGCCUCCGCCCGUAUACCUCGAGCACCGGGUG